GGAAAAACCUAAAAGCUAUAAUCUUUAAUAAUCUUGCUGUAAUUUUACUUAUUAUUGUUUUUUUAAUUAUUGCUCUUAUUUCUUGCUUAGAAUGUUGUAGUUGGGGUAUUGCUGCUGCUGUUAUAUUCAUGCAAACCUGUUAUCAAUGAACUUAGUGAUGUAAUUGCUUCUUGAAAAUGAAAUAGUCAAAUGAGUGCAUUUGGACAAUGCUGUGCUAAAAUUACAGAGUGUGUAACUUUUUCAGCCCUUCGUGUUGUUGUCAUUUAUGAACAUGAGAUGAUUGCCUCUAGAGAUUGAGAAAGAAGCAUUAUUGAUUCUUAAUUUUAUUGUUAAUGUCUGUUUUUUAGGACAAUCAUGUGUGACAAGGGAGAAAAAACAUGCCCAUUAUGUGCUGAGGAAAUGGAUUUGACUGAUCAGCAACUGAAGCCUUGCAAAUGUGGUUACGAGAUAUGUGUUUGGUGCUGGCAUCACAUAAUGGAAAUGGCUGAAAAGGACAACACUGAGGGUCGUUGCCCAGCCUAUCGUUCAACUUACGACAAAGAGAAAAUUGUGGGAAUGGCUGCAAACUGUGAAAGAUUGGUGGCUGAAAUUAAUUCAGAAUGGAAACAGAAAACACAUAAGACAAAGCCUAAAGUAUCUGAAGGAAGGAUGCAUCUUAGUAACAUCAGAGUUAUUAAGAGAAAUCUGGUUUACAUAAUUGGAUUGCCACUUGACCUUGCAGAUGAAGAUCUUCUUCAACGAAGAGAGUACUUUGGCCAGUAUGGAAAGGUUCUGAAGGUGUUGAUAUCUAAAACAGCGAAUGGUGUUAUUCAACAUUCAUCAAACAAUAGUUGUUGCGUGUAUGUAACUUACUCAAAGGAGGAGGAAGCAGUUUGCUGCAUUCAAUCUGUGCACAGCUUUGUCUUAGAAGGUAGACCGUUGAGUGCAUGUUUUGGAACCACCAAAUAUUGCCAUGCAUGGCUGAGAAAUGUGCCCUGCAACAUUCCAGAUUGCUUGUAUUUGCAUGAUUUCGGCUCCCAAGAAGAUAGUUUUAGCAAGGAUGAAAUAGUUUCAGCUUUUUCAAGGAGUAGAGUGCAACAAACUAUUGGUGCUUCAAAUAAUUUACAUCGGCGUUCAGGAAAUCUUUUACCUCCCCCAGUGGCUGAGUGCAUCAGUAGCAGCAUAUUAUCAUCAGCCAAACCUGUUGCCAAAAGUUCAAAUAAUAUUGGAAACCAGAGUAGGGAAUCUUGUGUGGAUGGUGGCACCGGAAAUUCUUCUGUACUACCUUCAGCAGCCUCAUGGGUUAUGCGUGUCUCUGCUAGUUUGUCACCAGUUCCAAAUAUGUCAGGUUCUCAAGGUACAUUUUCAAAUAAUAAGCCUGAUGCAUUUGCUGGUCCCCAUGUUUCUUCAGAAGUUGUAAACACCAAACAAUCUACCCAUGAUGUUUGGAAAAGUGUGACAGCUGAAGAAACCAGUGAAAUUCAUCCCAAUUGUGGAACAGAAUUUUCUGAAGAGUAUCCUGAUAGUGAUUACCAAGCUCGUAUAGAAAAUAGAAAAUUAGACACUCUUUCAAAUAUGACUUCUGCCCCUGUAACUUGUGGGGACUGCAUACUUGCACCAAUAAACAUCAAAAGCUCUAUAAACUACUGUCCUGAAUCAUCCCAUACUUCUGGUUCAGAUGAUGAAAAUAUUAAUAUUGAUGGGGAUUUUCAAGAUUUAUCUUCAAUCUGCACCCUGGGUCACACUGAAAAUGAGGAACCCGCUCCUAUCAUCGCUAACAUUUCUGUUCCUACUCAUACUUCAUUCAGCGUGCCUAGAUGUCUUAGCUUUCAGGAAGAUAUUGGUGAGCAGAAUGUUUAUGCCCCAAGCUUACCACUACAGAGUAGAUCUAUGACUACCGAGGACUUACUAGAUUUGGAUGAUCAACAAUUGAAGGGUCUUGGAAACAUCUGCAAUCUGCCUUCCGCAUCUUGUUCAAUUUCUUUGCAGCAGAGUUUGAAUAAGUCGAGCAAUAACUCUUGGCAGCAAGGCAAGAUAAAACAUCAAACCGAUUGUCUUGCUCAUUCCAGAAUUGUACCCCUGCAUGAUCAAGUUUCUUUUCCAUUGACCUCUGAGAACCUAGUCUCAUCCAAUGGGUUCCACAAUAAUAUAGAUGGUUGCGAUGCUGACUUGGAUAGGAGCUUUGACUAUUCAAAUAAGUUGGGAUCAGGAAAAGGAAAAUUAUUAAUAAUGUAGCUAAUGUUGAGAAUGACACCACUGCAGAGGUAGGAGAAGACAGCAUAAUCUCAAAAAUCCUAUCAAUGGAGCUGGAUCCAUGGGAAGAUUCAUUUACUUCACCUGACAGUUUAGCUAAGUUGUUGAGACAAACUAAGGAAAAGCAUGCUUCCGUUAAUCCUCCAAGUUUGCGAAAAAAUAACAGAAAACAAUCAGUCCAGGUUCUUGUUUGCGAGACAGGUGGAAUUUAGUAAUCAAGCAUCUCUUUUGGAUGAUUCACUUGGGAGUUUAAUGGACUUGAAUAAAUGUUCUUCACAUCAUGAUUUUAAUGCAAUCAAUGAUCUUUGCAUUGAGAAAUACCAGAAUCCUUAUUCAUUCAACUUUCCUGAGGAGUCCAAUAAUCUUCUCAACAACCAUACAUUUGUGUCUUCUAAGCUUUCUGAUGA